AUGGCUUCACAACACAUAAACAUAAGCAAAGUGGCCAUCGUAGGCGCAAAUGGCAAAGUCGGGCCAUUCAUCCUGCAAGCGAUCCUAGACACAAAGUCGUUUCAUGUCACGGUGCUCAAUCGAAAAUCCUCGAAAUCCACAUAUUCGUCAGAUGUCAAGGUCGCGCAGAUAGACGACACAUAUCAGCACGAACAACUUGUGGAAACAUUACGAGGCCAAGAUGCUCUUAUUAUUGCGUUCCCAGGCACGCAGAGUGACAACUCGAUCAAGCUGGCGGAUGCUGCCUUCGAGGCAGGUGUCAAGCUGGUCAUCCCGUCCGACUUCGGAAGCUGCGACAGCAGUGAUCCGAGGUCCCUUGAUCUGAUUCCGCUCUAUGGGAACAAGAAGGAUGUUCGAGAUUAUCUGAUCAAGCUGUCUCAGCAGAAGAGAGACGACGGCAGCCACCUCGCGUGGACAAGCUUGAUUACAGGGCACUUCUUCGACUACGGACUGAGAAGUGGCCUGCUCAAUAUUGAUGUCAAGAAACGUACCGCAAGAGUGUUUGACGAUGGGAAAGCUCGGUUUUCCAAUUCGACGCUUGCGGAUAUAGGCCUGGCUACGGCAAAAGUCUUGCAGCACACUGGAGAUGCUCGUUUGAAAAACAAAUUGGUAUAUUCGCAGAGCUUGUCAACCACACAGAACGACUUAAUCGCUGCGGUUGAGAAGGUGAUCGGAGCCAAGAUCGACAUCGAGGAGGUAUCUUCUGAAGAGUACAUCCAAAAGAAUAAGGCUCAAUUGACGGGUAAAGGUGACGAUGGGGAGGCUACUGAAGAGCUCGUCUCGGUCGAGGGUAUUGUGAAUGCUGAUUGGGAGAAGAAGGGAGAUGCAUUCGUGAAUGAAGUGCUGGGUAUGCCGAAAAGAACUCUUGACCAGCUUGUGAAGGAGGCGCUUGCUUAG